UACCCACCUUGUCCACCUUGUCCACCUAUCCACCCGCUCCGUACCUUGCCGUGCUUACAUCCACUCCCACAAAAACCCGUACGGUUAGCUUCCUUGUGUAUUUCGCUUCCCGCGCCUGGUAUCCGCUGCAUCACUUCAUCGACGUGCAUUGGAGAUCCCUCAUCCUCUUAUCCGCGCGCCCGCUCGCCCAGAACAGCAAAGAAUAAUAAUAAUAGGGGGAGCCGCUUCCUGCAGCUACCCGGAUUGCGACUAACGCCAUCGCGACCCCCACCCGUCAAUUUGUUUCAUUCCAUCACCAAUUGGUUCUCCUCCCAUAGCAGGCAAGACCGACCCGGACCUGUCAGAAGACGUGCGACACACACAAAUCUCGACCAAUUAUUACCUAGGUAGCCACAAAGCGACAAACAAGUCGCACCCGAGAAAUCGACCUAGAAUAGGUCUUUUUACUCGUUAGUUAAUACAAGCACUCAGUUGCUUCGACCUCAUCGAACCACUUGUCGGGAGCAAUCCGCCAAUUGCCCUCUGGCAAGAUGUGCUUCGGCAGCCGCAACGUCCACGAUGAGGCGGGGGCUGCCCGCAGCAGGGAGCUCGACAAGGCCAUCCGCGCCGACGAGAAGCGCUUGCAAAAGGAGGUCAAACUGCUGCUGCUGGGCGCCGGUGAAUCGGGAAAAUCGACCGUCCUCAAGCAAAUGAAGCUGAUAUAUGCUCAAGGCUUCAGCAAGAACGAAAAGAUCGAAUGGAAGCCUGUCGUGUUUCAAAACAUUGUGCAAUCUUUCAGGCUUAUCCAUGAUGCCAUGCAAGAGUUGGACAUCGAAUUCGAGAACAAGGAGAACGAGAGGAACAUAACCCUGAUCAUGGAGGAGCAGGAACUCGGCGCGCAUGACGCCUUACCAAUCGAGUUUCUAGACCCAAUCAAAGCACUAUGGGUGGAUGCUGGCGUGAAGAAGGCGAUUGCCAAGGGCAACGAGUUUGCGCUACAUGACAACCUGGACUAUUUCUGUGACGACCUCGACCGUAUUUGGGAUAAGAGCUACGUUCCGACAGACCAAGAUUUGCUCCGCUCGAGACUCAGAACGACCGGCAUUACCGAGACCGUGUUUGACUUGGGCCAGCUCACAUACCGAAUGUUCGAUGUCGGUGGCCAAAGGUCGGAAAGGAAGAAGUGGAUACAUUGUUUCGAGAACGUCAACUGUCUUCUUUUCCUAGUCGCAAUUUCCGGCUACGAUCAGUGUUUAGUUGAGGAUAAGGACGGAAACCAAAUGAACGAAGCCUUGAUGCUGUGGGAGUCGAUCGCCAACUCGCAUUGGUUCACAAAAUCGGCGCUGAUCUUGUUCCUCAACAAGAUGGACCUGUUCAAGGAGAAAAUCACAAAGAGUCCCAUUACCGAAUAUGGGUUCACCGACUAUCACGGACCAUCAGACGACUGGAAGCAGACUAGCAAGUACUUUAUGGACAAGUUCCGAGCACUUAACCGAAACCCAGAGAAAGAGAUAUACGGCCACUUCACAAACGCUACGGACACGAACCUACUCAAGAUCACGAUGACGUCUGUGCAGGACAUGAUUAUACAGCGCAACCUUAAGCAACUCAUCUUCGUUUGAUUAAUCCUAGACGGGGAAAUUCUGCCACAUCGGCGGUCUUGUUACUUCGACAAACCAACUGCAUCAUCUACCGCGCUGUCCGUCACCGCUUUCUUGAAUACCUCCAGAUACCCAAGGUUCUUAUUGCCCAGCCACUUGUUUUUUAUUUCGUUUUUUUCAUUUUUUUUUUGCUUUGUUCUUAUUUUGUCCAUUAUCACAUUGGACUUUUCGCGGAAGCUACCUGGCUGCAUUGGUCUGGUUAAAUUGUAUGUAUUGGUGUAUUCCUCUUUCAGGGUGUACAUACAUGGCCCGUGCCACCAUGCAUCUGUUUCUUUUUCUUUUUUCUUUUCCUUGGAGUGUUUUAUUCUCCAUAUAUUGAUGCUGAGCAAGCAAAGCCGGAUACAUGAGGGGUUGAACUGUACGAAGAGAUGUUUCUUACUAAAUUUUUGGGGGCGUUACUUACAUAUUCUGGCUACAAAUUUCCUACUACUGGAUUAUUUUCUUCUCUUUUCCUUCUUUUUUCCUUCCCUCUUUCCCUUCCUUCAAGUUUCAUUGUUCGUUCUAUCUAUAUUGGCGGGCUCGGAAGCGGCAUGGAUUUGGACCAGGGAUCUAAACAAAAACAAAGGGUGGGGGUCGGAAAGUAAAAAUCAUAUCCAUGCGAAACAAUAAUAAAGACAACCUGUCAAAGCUGACAAUACCAAGCGGAA